AUGAAAAUAUAAUAUAGUCAUGGUUAUCAUUUAUAAUUCCUUACUUAUCACGAGACCGAACUGUAUCCAUCCUAUGGUCUUAAAAAUUUAAAUGAAUUAAAUAAUUCGUAGUACUCGUGGUAGCUGCAGGUAUUUCCUAUUCACAUUUCACAAAUUUACAGAAGUUUGGUAGGUAACAAAUCAAUUUUUAAAAAUGAGAAGAAAACCAAAUAUUCUUAUUACUGGUACACCCGGUGUAGGAAAAUCAAAACUAUGUGAAGAAUUAAUUCGAAGUGGAUUAGAUAUGGAAUGGAUUGAAGUUGGUCAAGUAGCUAAACAGUGUAAUUGUUAUUCUGGAUAUGAUGAAGAUUUGGAAUGUCAUAUCCUCGAUGAAGACAAAGUGUUAGAUGAAUUAGAAUCAAGAAUGGAAGAAGGAGGUAAAAUAAUUGAUUAUCAUGGUUGUGAUUUCUUUCCUGAACGUUGGUUUGAUGUAGUAUUUGUAUUGAGAACAAAUAAUACAUUGUUGUUUGAUCGUCUUGAAAAAAGAGGAUAUUCAACUAAAAAGCUUCAAAAAAAUAUUGAAUGUGAAAUAUUCCAAACUUUACUUGAAGAAGCUAUGGAAUCAUAUGAUAACAAUAUUGUAAAUGAAUUACGCAAUGAAACUUUUGCUGAUAUGGAACGGAAUAUCUCUCAAAUAAGUGCUUGGGUAAACCAAUGGAUUAAAGAUAAUGUUACCAAAUAAAAUGAAAUAUAGUUAUAUUUAUAUUUGA